ACCGCACUAUCUGAGCUCCCUUUAAAGGGCAGCCGAGGUGUCCCUCAGCUCAGGAAGGAGGGUGGCUAAGAGGGAGCGUGCUUGUCCGAAAUUGCCCCCCCCCGCCCUAUAGGCAGAGCCGUUUGCAAUCCGGACGCUAAUAAGAGAGGGAGGCGUGGAACGCUCUGCUUGCGGGGGCGGGGGGGGUCCGAACACCUGGUCCGGCCACAGACUUGCUCCACUCCUAGGGGAUGGAGAUGUGCGCGAAGCGAGAAGUACCCCCGUGGGCGGUGCUAAGUGGAGGCGUGUUCGAAGUCGUGACGUCAUAGAGGGGGCUCCCUGUGACGCAAUGCGCCUUCUGGGGAAGCCCGCCAGCUGGGCGAGGGUCUCGGCUGUGAUCCAGAUUCUGCUCCUGCGGGCGGGACAGGCGCGGAACGCGGCUGCAGGUUUGGCGCCUGUUCUGACGAUCUCGGGGGAAGACUCGUGUCGCUGCCAAAGACCCGAAGUAGAGUGUAAAAUGCCCGGCCGCGCCUUUGACUCGCUUACUCGGCCGCUGCUUCUCUUCUCGUUGGGGAUCUUGCUCGGCCUGGCCCGUCGCGUCUUCCCGCUGGACAACGGGCUGUUGAGGACGCCCCCGAUGGGCUGGGAGCCCUGGGUGCGUUUCAAGUGCAACACGGACUGUGCGAAGGACCCCGAGAACUGCAUCAGUGAGCACCUGAUCAAGGCCAUGGCGGACCGGCUGGCUGCAGACGGGUGGAAGAAGCUGGGCUACGAGUACGUCACCCUGGAUGACUGCUGGGCAGCUGGCAAGCGGGACUCCCUCGGGAGGCUCCAGGCAGACCCCCAGAGGUUCCCCAGCGGGAUGAAGGCUCUGGCUGACUAUGUUCAUUCCAAAGGCUUGAAAUUUGGCAUCUACAGUGACUUGGGCAACACCACCUGUGCGGGUUAUCCGGGCACCACCCUGGAUACUGUGGAAACGGAUGCAAACACCUUUGCAGAGUGGGGGGUCGACAUGCUAAAGCUGGAUGGCUGCUUCUCCAACUCCUCCCUCAAGGCCAUAGGCUACCCCAAAAUGAGCCGAGCGCUAAACCAGACUGGGAGGCCCAUCGCCUUGUCUUGCAGUUGGCCAGCCUAUGAAGGGGGUCUUCCGCCAAAGGUAAUCUCAGGCCCCAACUCCCGCUUUUUCCAGCAAAGAGCCUUUCUGCAGCAGACCACUUUCACGGGCAUGCUUCUUUGAAGUCCGUGGAAAGAAGGAAAGACGCCUUGUGAACCUAGGAUGAAACUCUGGGCUGCGGUGUGUUAAGGAGACAAAAG